CCAAUUCUAUCCAAGCAGCGGCUGCUUUUCAUUCGAUCUUUGGAUGUGUUUGCUUUCGCAUUUAGCUAUUGGAAUUUAGCCUGAAUAAUCUUAUUUACUCGUGACCACAUGGGCGUUUUAGUAUAAUUCCAGGACGUUUACGCAGCAGAAACAUUGACGAGAUGACUUCUAAACAGAAAGCUGGGAAGGUUGGCUCCAAGAGUAAGGAGGAUGCUCCCUAUGAGCUGGAGAGCCAGUUUGUCUUGAGGCUUCCUUUGGAGUAUGCCUCAACAGUAAGAAGGAUUGCCCAGUCUAGCAGUAUGAACAUGAAAGACAGACUGACCAUCGAGUUGCACCCUGAUGGUCGACAUGGCAUAGUGAGAGUGGACCGUGUCCCUUUGGCCUGCAAGCUGGUCGAUCUGCCCUGUAUGAUUGAGUCUCUGAAAACAGUGGACAAGAAAACAUUUUACAAGACUGCUGAUGUUUGUCAGAUGCUGCUGUGUACACUAGAUGGAGACCUUUACCCUCCUUUAGAAGAGCCAACUGGCACCGACCCGAAGAGUAAGAAGAAGGACAAAGACAAGGACAAGAAAUUCAUUUGGAACCAUGGCAUUACCUGCCCUAUGAAGAACACUCGCAAGAGGAGAUUUAGGAAGACGGCGAAAAAGAAGUACAUUGAAUCACCAGACGUGGAAAAGGAAGUGAAGAGAUUGCUGAGCACAGAUGCUGAGGCUGUGAGUGUCCGGUGGGAGGUCAUAGCAGAAGAUGAGUCCAAGGAGGCAGAUCAGCAUGGCUCUCUGGGUAACCUGGACUCUUCACCAGGCACCUCGGGACACAAGAUGGGUCAUGGGUCCUCUGCCCAGCGCGAUGAAUUGAGGGAGAUCUUCAACGACAUCAGCAGCUCCAGCGAGGAUGAGGAGGACGAAGGGGACCGCCACGAGGACGAGGACCUGAACAUCAUGGACACGGAGGAUGAUCUGGUCCGACAGCUUCAGGACAAACUCAACGAGUCAGAUUCUGCACAGAAUGAAAGUGACAGAAACAACCAGAUAGUGAUGGAGUAUCAGGUGCAGAUCAACAACAUCAAGGGGAAGCUUCAGGAAACCCGCGCCCGCAAGAAACAGCAGGAGGAGCUCAUCAUGAAAGUGGAGAACCAAGCCCUCAAAAACCGCUUCCAAGCUUUGUUGGACGAGAUUAUCCAGCAGGAGGAGAGAGAGAUGGAGCAGCUGGCCUCCCUGCAGGAGCAGCUGGACUCUCUCAUAGAGAAGUGACCACCAGGGGGCAGCAUCACGUCAUCCUCAGCCACCAAUUAACAGGCGUGAAAAGGAGAAGAGCCUUCACAUUCAUCCAGGGAGGAGGGGGUUCUUAUAGCUGAUUUGCUGUGUCAUUCCUUUAGUUUGUCAUUUUUAUGCAUUACAUCUACAGCAUACUGAUAUCUGUAUUAAAUUUAAUGUUUUUUAUUAGGUUGAAUAACUUUGUUGUGGAUUACUGUGUGAAUAAAGCCUUUGAUUGGCUUGAAUAUUAAA